AUGUCUGCUGCCAGCUGUCUGCUAUCUGAAGAUCAGUUUCUGUGCUCCAUCUGUCUGGAUGUGUUCACUGAUCCAGUCAGCACACCAUGUGGACACAACUUCUGCAAAAACUGCAUCAAUGAACACUGGAACAGUAAUGACCAGUACCUGUGUCCAAUGUGUAAAGAAAUGUUCAACACAAGACCUAAACUUCAUGUCAACACAUUCAUCUCUGAAAUGGUUUCUCAGUUCAGACAGGAAGCUCAACAGAAAGCCAGCAGCAGCAGCUCAGAGCAACAAGCUGCCAAACCAGGAGAAGUUCCCUGUGACGUCUGUACUGGAACCAAACUGAAGGCCCUGAAGUCCUGUCUGGUGUGUCUGACCUCCUACUGUGAGACUCACCUGGAGCCUCAUCUGACAGCUUUAGGCCUGAAAAGACAUCAGCUGAACGACCCUGUGGAGAACCUGGAAGAAAGGAUGUGUAUGAAGCACGAUAAACCUCUGGAGCUGUUCUGUAAGACCGACCAGACAUGUGUCUGCAUGCUCUGCUCUGUUUUAGAUCACAAGACACAUGAGUUUGUUCCUCUGAAAGAAGAAUAUGAAGGAAAGAAGGCAGAGCUGGGGAAGACAGAGGCUGAAAUUCAGAAGAUGAUCCAGAAGAGACGACUGAAGAUUGAAGAGAUCAAACACUCAGUUGACCUCAGUGAGGAAGCUGCAGACAGAGAGAAAGCAGAAGGUGUUCAGGUCUUCACCGCUCUGAAGGAGUCUGUUGAGAGAAGCUUGAAUGAGCUCAUUGAGACGAUUGAAGAGAAGCAAAGAACAACAGAGAAACAGGCUGAAGAUUUCAUCAAAGAGCUGGAACAGGAAAUCUCUGAGCUGAAGAAGAGAAGCUCUGAGGUGGAGAAGCUCUCACACUCUGAAGACCACCUCCACCUCCUCCAAAACUUCCCGUCCCUGAAAGCUGCUCCACCCACCAAAGACUGGACAGAGGUCAGUGUCCGUCCAUCAUGUGAGGGGACUGUGGUGAAAGCUGUGGCUCAGCUGGAGGAGACCUUCAGUAAACAGAUGAAGAAGCUGUUUGAGGCUGAGCUGAAGAGGGUCCAGCAGUAUGCAGUGGAUGUGACUCUUGAUCCUGAUACAGCACAUCCUGAACUCAUCCUGUCUAAGGAUGGGAAACAAGUAAAUCAUAGUGAUGUGGAGAAGAAUCUCCCAGACAACCCAGAGAGAUUUACACUUUAUACUGAAGUGUUAGGAAAGCAGAGUUUGUCUUCAGGCAGAUUUUACUUUGAGGUUCAAGUUAAAGAGAAGACUGAGUGGAAUUUAGGAGUGGUCAGAGAGUCGAUCAACAGGAAGGGAGAAAUCCCACUGAGACCUCAGUAUGGUUUCUGGGCUAUAAGGAAAAAUGGAAAUGAGUACAUAGCUAGUAAUAAUCCUCCAGUCCGUCUCUCUCUGAAGUUUCGUCCUCAGAAGGUGGGGGUGUUUGUGGAUUAUGAGGAGGGUCUGGUCUCCUUUUAUGACGUAGAUGCUGCAGCUCUUAUCUACUCCUUUACUGUCUGCUCCUUCACUGAGAAACUCUACCCAUACUUCUUUCCUGGUUUUAGUAAUGGUGGUAAGAACUAUGCCCCUCUGAUCAUCUGUCCUGUCAAUCAAACUGUCUGAGUCAAUACCAGGAUGCUGAUUGAUUAGAGACCAAAACUGAUCAAUUUUAAAUGAAAAGAUUCAGUUAAUUAUGGUAACAAAUGUAUAUUCAGCAGCAAUGUACAGUGUGAACUUGUUUCCAUCAGGAUAUGAUUAAUGCAGACAUUCUUUUAUGAUUCAUAAUAUAGUUAAUUUAUUUCAUGUAUGUUGGAAUUGACCUUAAACUUGUCUUUUUACUGCUUCAGUGUCCCUCCAUGAUUGAUUCAUUAACCUCUUCACUGGUGAUGGAUCCAUCAUGACAAACACAUGUGAGGAACAACUCUAAAAUCUAAAAUCUAGUGUGAAUCUAAAAGUUUGCAAAGAUACCAAAUAUGUCAGAAUGAAUUUUAAGGAAAUGUGUCAACAGUGAUGGAAAAUAUAUCAAGAAUGUUUGUUGUUUGAUGUAAUGAGAGUAAUAAAAGUCAUGGGGC